AUGCCGGACGGGUCCGACCGAGAAUUCGAAAACAGACAACUAUUUGAACAGUUUCUUCAAGAGAAGCUACACAUACCAAGAUUAGAGUGGAACUCGUUGGCAGAGCUUGGCCGGGGAAAAAAGCCUUUUCUUUUUGAAACUUGCCAUUUUUGCGGCGGUUAUCCAGACGUAGUCAGGAACUGCGUCCCCGACCCAACUACACCCAGUGCCCAGGCUGAAAUGAAGAAGCAUAUCAAGCAAUAUAUGCAAGAGAUUGCUCUAUACUUGCCUCCCAUUUGUGACGACGUGGCUGAUGAUGCACCUAAGGAGGACAGUAUCAGCGAUAAUGCUGUUGGUACACAGAGUUCUAGUUUGGAUAAACUGAGUGCUGUUACUUGGUGCACGCAGUCACAGCAAGAGCUCCGCGAUUCUCAGGUCCAAAUGGAGCCCACAAAUACAGUUGACGAACAAUUACAGUCUAACUCUAGGAUUGAGGCUCGACAUGAUGAUUCCGUCAAGAAGAAUCAUGGAAUCAAGCGGUCCAAAGAGAACAAGGACGGCGACAAACCAGCCCAGAAACUCCUUGCUUGGAGCGAAUGGUCAAAGUGGGCUUUUGAUAAGGAGCAGCGACUAGCGCACUGGGUGGGACAGGACCAAGAAGACUAUGACUGCAACUACGAACCCACGAGGCAAAAUAUACCCGAAACGCCUCGGUAUCCAGAGGAGGAUGAUAAACUGGCUGAUAGGCCCAUGGAUACCUUUGCCACCUCAAGUCAUGAAGCAAUUUCAAACCUUGACAACUCUGACGAAAAUCAUUUGCGCAGCACGCACAAAGACAAAUCAGCAGAGUCUUUGGCCCUGGGGAAAGGAAAGAGCAAAACUGCCCUGGAAUCCACCCCCUCGGCUCACCCUAGCCAAAGAGCAACCCUUCGAGACAAUGACAGCCAAAUGCUGUCGCGUAGAAGUGUUCCAAAGACAGCCAGUUUGGACCAAAAUAAACUGAGCUCAUCAAGCGCAACUGAAUCUUCCUUCCUUCAUGAUGAUUCACAUCAACAGGCCAAUGCCGGUGAUGAUACCGUGCGCGAUUUUGCGGAUUCGAUGGACGAGCCGGAGGAAGACUUGGAUCCUCGCAAGAGACUCUAG